AUGUCGUCGUCUUCGGAGCAGGACUUUGAUCAGUCAAUUCGCGAUUUCAUCACAUCAUUUGUCAGAACUGCCGUUGCCGCCGCUCCUCCAUCACAGGAUCACGACGGAGAAGAAGCAGAAGCAGAAGCGAUCGUCUUUACGGUUUACGCUACUCACGCCGGAAGUCUCGUGAAAGACGGGCCAUUACCGGCGUCGAAAGCGGCAAUAGAGGCCAUCCCGACGGUUACAGCGACGGAGGAAGAAGAUUGUGCGAUAUGUUUGACGGAUUACAGUGGUGUUGCCGGAGAAGCGAAGGAAUUGCCGUGUAGGCAUCGGUAUCAUUCGGAUUGUAUUAUGAAGUGGUUAGGUAUCCAUGGGUCGUGCCCGGUUUGUAGAUACGAGAUGCCGGUGGAUGAAGAGGAGAAGGAGCGGAGAGACGGUGGUGAUGGUGAGUGGUGGCGAGUGAUGAUCACCGUAGCGCGUCGGACUCCGGUGAGUGAAUCGGGUCGGAAUUCUUCGGAUUCAGUAGAGGGUAGUGGGUCAUCAACAGACUAUAUGGAUAUUGAUUAG